GUUGUUGCAAAGAACGAGCCGACGAUAUUUGGGCCAACAGCACCUCCCUGAACUGAAAUUAUUUAUUAAAUGAAAAAUUUCUGUAGCACCGAGUGCAUGGGUUACUCAACAUUGCAGGCAUUAUAGGCAGAUAUGGGGAUUCAGCCAUGGGUAAAAUGUGACUUGAGUUGUCUCUGGUACAAUACUGAACUUUUGGGAUUGAUGUAUCAUUUGAUGGAAAUGGAAUGAUGAAUAACAGAAGGUCAAUGAGAUAGAAAGGUUAAUGAAAAUAAGGACAAAAUGGAAGAAAUCACUGAUGACACUUUCAGACAGCUGUUGACAGUUUUUUCAAAUUGGUAUGACCAGCGUGGAUUGAUCAGUAUGCUGAAAGUUUUGUACAGCGAUCUCUUGAAAAACAAUUAUGAGUUAAAUAAGGCUACCAAGGUGAUGGAGUUGAUGGAUUUAUUGAUUGAUUCUGGGGAUCUGCACUUAACAGAUCUAAGUCUUCUUUGCAAUACCAUAAACUUAUCAAAGCAAUAUGGCCUGGAAAGGAAAAUUAGAGAUAACCAGCUACCGUCAUUUCCAAAUGUUAGAAAUGUGAUAAUCUCAAAAUUCACACCUCACAGACAAAAAGUUAUGAAGCUUGGAAUGAUACUGAUUGAUGAAGAGGUAAAAAAAAUCAGUGGAUUGUAUAACAAACCAGUUAAGGAAUAUGCAGACACAUGGAGUUUAAUUAUGGAUUUGGAGCGCAACAGGAUAAUUUGUGAAGAGAAAAUGGUCACCUUCAUUGAAAACCUGAAUAGCCUUGAACUUCUACUGGCUGUGAAAGUUUUAACAGAAGACAUUCCAACUCCAAAGCCAUUUUUAAACCCAGGAAAAGCAAGUGACAUUCCAAAGCCGCCAUCAAACUCAGGACCAGCAAGUGACAUUCCAAAUGCAUCUUCAAAUUCAGGACAUAGAUUGGGUGAAGGUGUGCAAUUAAGUCUUAAACGCAAAAGGGAGGACAAUCAACCACAUCCGGAAUAUAUUCUUGAUUUGUUAAAAGAAGUUAAUGAAUGUAAAGACUUUCUGACUUUAAGGCAUAAGCCAAAGUGUUUUGCUAUACUUAGCAGCAUUGUCUCCUAUUAUAAAUGUCAUGGUUUUGAUUUAGACAAAACAGAAGAGGGAUCUAUAGUGUUUCAUUUAUCUACACAUGAUUCUAAUGCGUUGAUGAAUCUGUGGGAAAUACAUUCUAGCGGGAAGCUCAUCAAAGAUUUAGCUGGAAUAUUAGUCCCAGAGAUACAUCAGCAGGAUUUCUUAGAUGAAUGGAUGACGUACAUCAAUGAAAAUGAAUACAGAGCUGCACUCAGUAGGCUGAAAGGCAAAGAAAAGCAUGAUGAGCUCCCUAAACUAGAAGAAUCAAAACCAACUCUUGAAGAGAUGAAAGUACCAUCGUAUGAAAUACCAGUUAUUGAGAUCCAGCCACUUGUUGAAAUAUCAGCCACUGAAGAAUUUGUCCAACCUGAAUUCCAUUUUCAGGACGAAAAAGCCCCAAUAUCAGAGGUCUCUGAACUGUUAAUAAUCCCAGAAGUAGAAGAAUGUGCUCCAUACUUCACUAAGGAACUUGAAACAAAGUUAAUUGCUGUAGAAGGAGACUCUGCAGCAAUUCUUCAGUGUGCAGUUGCUGGCAUACCUAGACCCCAGGUAACACCUCUUUUAUAAUGUGAUAAUAUUAUUAUCAUAAAGGAAUUGUAGGUAGAUAGGUAAAGGUAGGAAAAUAACUAAUUCACAGUAAUAUUUGUUUGUUUUGUGUUUAUUUCAUGCUCAAUUGCAAUGAAAUAAUUUAACAAUAAAAUCAACAUUGUUCUUAAUUGCAUGGUCCAUGAAUAUAUUUAGCAGACUUUUUCACAUCGUUUCCCGAUGACAGGUUCUGAAUGAACCAAAGCAUUAUGGUAAGCCUUCCAAAAAAUGCAAUUGGUUCUAUGUUGCUCACAAGCCAUAUGUGUACACUGGACCGCUUUUCUUAUUUGAGAACACUUGGUUCUAUAAACCAAACCUUUAGGCGAGGACAAGCAGUGAACUGCUUUUC